GACACCAGCCAAUUUUUCAGAGGUGUUUUUUUGCUGAAAUUUAGCACGGUUUUGAACGCCGGCGUGUAAUUUUCACUAAAAGCAGUUUCGUGUCGAAGGAAACUAAAGGAAAAACGUUAAAAUGGGCGUCGAAGAGGAAGUUAUGAAGGUUCAACAGAAAUUGAGCAAAAUGACUGCGCCAGAAGCGGACCAAAGUCAAGCAUUGGAUUUGCUAAAAGUGCUCCAAACACUAAAUAUCGACCUGGAUAUCUUAUCGAAGACGCGUAUUGGCAUGACGGUGAACGAACUACGCAAAACGACGAAGGACGAGGAAGUGAUAAGUUUGUCAAAGACACUCAUCAAGAGCUGGAAACGCUUUAUCGGGCCCACAGCAACGUCCAAAGACGCAUCUGGCAAGGAAAGUAGCAAGUCGGGCAGCAACAGUAGCAGUACAAAGUCGAGUUCGGGCAGCGCCAAGAAGCCCGAAAAGAAGGAAGAACCGAAAAAGCAAUCGAGCUACCCACCGGCAUCGACAACAACAGACGCCGUUCGUCUCAAGUGUCGCGAACUCUUGGCAAAUGCGCUCCGAGUCGAUGGCGAGCCCGAUGGAUGUGCAUCGCCCGAAGAACUUGCCGAAGAACUCGAGGAUUGCAUCUAUGCCGAAUUCAAAAAUACCGAUAUGCGUUACAAGAAUCGCGUAAGAUCGCGCGUCGCCAACUUGAAAGACGCCAAAAAUCCGAGUUUGCGGCAAAAUUUCAUGAACGGUGCUAUUCAACCGUCGCAUUUGGCAAAAAUGACGCCUGAGGAGAUGGCGAGCGACGAGAUGAAGAAAAUUCGCGAGAAGUUUAUCAAGGAGGCGAUCAAUGAUGCGCAACUGGCGACAGUACAAGGCACCAAAACGGAAAUGCUCAAGUGCGGCAAAUGCAAAAAGAAGAAUUGUACCUACAACCAACUUCAGACUCGCUCGUCCGAUGAACCGAUGACUACGUUCGUGUUGUGCAACGAAUGCGGAAAUCGUUGGAAAUUCUGCUAAAAAGGUCUCAUAUUGUGCGUUUACAAUAAAAACAAAAAAAUUAAUCACACAAAACCCCUUCUCCGCUCCCCACUAAACGAUAACUUCUCACAAAGAGUUCACAUAAUGAAGACGAUGCGUGUGAAAAUUUCAAAUAUUGACUAAAAUAAACAUUUAAAUCUUAGUUGUAGGCAAAAAUAUUGAAACUUGUACCGAAAUAAAGAGAUAAU